UAUUUGUUACGUUUAAGGUAAUUUGCAGGUCCACGCCGAACGAGAGGUUGUCUUUCGUGUAUAUAAAGAACCAUGACCGUUUCUUCUCAAAUCGAGGUGAAAUAAGCGAAUAACAGGAAAUUAAAAACAGAAAUAUUCGAGGAGCUAAAAUGGUCCAUACAGAUCUGGCGAUAGCCGUGUUGUUGUUGGGAAUCGUUUACAGAACACAGGCAGUUUCCAACGAAAUCGCAAAAACGAAAGUCGAGAAAACCACCACGCCUUGUUACAAUAAGAGGUCAAAAACCGGCGUACUGGACGUAUAUGAGGAUUGGGUUAAGGGAAAGGGCUGGGUUCUGAGAAGGUGUCCAAAUGGUUUCCUUUAUGAGCCAAAAGACUGUGACUGUACGCUGCGAGUGGUUGUACAGAGGAAUUGCGAGCCUGACCUCUUCCUUUCUUUCGAAAACGGCGCCAAUGACCAGUCCCCCGUUGUUAACUACAUCAAAAGUGAAAAUGUAAAAGUAAUUGAUGGCAAGGCCAUAUUUAAAGCCGAAAAAAGGAGUCAACUUAUUAUUCCACGUUAUACGAACUUUUGCUUAACGAAUCUUACAAUAAACGUGAGGUACUUUUCCGAACAUAAACGCCUCCCACAGACACAGGCGAUCGUAUCGAACAGCGACUGUGGAAUCGCCCCGUCCAUUUUGCUGACUGAAGACAGCAGUUAUAUAUAUUUCACAGUGGCAACCGAAUUGGGAGAGAGAACAUUAGCCGUCCACCAGCCAUCGAAUACCAACGACAAGAACGUUGUACUUACGUAUCACAAUGGCAUUCUUUCUGGUACGGUUAACGACCUCAAGAAAACCCUGAAAAUAAAUGGAAGUGGUAUCAAUAAGGUCCUCUGCGCCCUUCAUGUUGGCAGCGCGCACGAGAUUCACGGACUUUAUUUCACUGGGGUAAUCGAUGAGCUUAGCCUGUAUCGAUGUGUGUAAUCCAUGAUUACAUUUUUAAUAUUUUGUUCGCAUUUAUACAAUACUUUUUCAAUUCGUUUAAAGUACAGAUUUUUGCUAGUGAAAAUAAUGCAACUUGUAUUCUCAUUUCACCACACUCGUGUCUAUUUUUGUAUAGCAACCAGUACUGGUUUAAUUUGUAAAAAUGUGCAUAUUUUUCUACAAAUUGCCGCCUGGUUCUAAUUCCUCAAGACUGCUUUCAUUUAUAAAAAACUGAAAUAUCAGUGGAGUUUGUGUAAGGUUUCAGUAGCUUUUUUAAAGAUUAAUCGUUCGUUCAAAAUUAUAUUUGUAUUCAUGUUUUUUGACAUCAUUCAUAUAGUUUAUAUAACUCUCCGUUACGUAUAAUUAGCAAGUUGCAAGACUAUAAGGCGACUAUAAAUUAAUUGCUAGAUUUUCAUCCCUGCCCUUCUCUUUUUCCCGCCGCCCCUUCAGUUGUGUUGACUAAAAUAAAACAGUUGGUCUGUAUUUGUGUAUCGGUCCGGUACUGCCGGGAACGGCGUUUAUUCAUACCUACGGUGUUGACGUGGAGCGAUCGUGUUCUUAGUUCGUCUAAAACACACGUAUAUAGGUCCUCAUUCAAUAAGAAGGUGCAUCAAUACAUAUUCAACGGUUAAACAGUCAUCUAAGGAGAAUAAAAUAUAAAAUGUCACCCGCCUCAAUAAAAAAAUGGAUGAAAAUCUAGCAUAUAAUAUUGGCCGCAGUGUUAUUUGUUUGUUUGUUUUGUUACAUUUGUUUGUCUCAUUAAACUGCAUUUAUUAUUCAUUUAUAUUCCUCAUUGUCAAAGCUUUUACUACACAUGGCUUGCUAAAUAGUUCUCUUUUUUAUCCCGCAAUGAUUUUACUGUACAAUAAAAUGCAAUACUGAAAAAUAAACCAUGCUUGUAUUGA